CCUUCCUUUCAUUACCUGCAUCAUUAGUACUUCCUAGUGAGUAUAUAACCAUCAAACUGUUUCCCCAAAUAUUUUCAGUCUUCCUUACCACAGGCAAAAUUUAUUUGGGAUACAUCCAUCAAUCAUCCUUCUGUUAAAAUGCCAAUUUAUUCUUCAGAUUCUGAUGAGGCCCUUCCACCGACCAAAAGAUUGUUUGGCCGUGAAAAGCCUCUGCAUCACCUUCUUGGAGGAGGAAAAGUGGCUGAUGUGCUGCUAUGGAGGAACAAGAACUUAUCGGCUGCAAUACUUGUUGGAUUCACGGCCAUAUGGUUCCUGUUUGAAGUUGCUGAGUACAAUUUCGUUACUCUCAUGUGCCAUAUUUCAAUGAUCGCAAUGUUGGUCCUGUUUGUCUGGUCCACCGGAGCAGGCCUAAUCGACUGGAAUCCACCUGAUCCUCGAGCAAUCACAGUCCCAGAAUCCACAUUCCGAUGGCUGUUUGCAAAAAUAAACAGAUUAGUGGUGAAAUUCUAUGAUGUUUCAUCUGGGAAAGAUCUGAGGACAUUCUUCCUGGCCAUCACCUUCCUUUGGAUACUCUCGGGAAUCGGAAACUAUACCAGUUCCCUGAAUUUGUUAUAUACUGGGUUUCUAUGCAUGAUAACUCUACCUGUCUUAUACGAACGAUACGAGGCUGAGGUAGAUUAUCUUGCAAGCAAAGGGAACCGAGAUGUGAAGAAACUGUACAGAAAAUUUGACUCAAAAUUUCUUAACAAGAUUCCAAGGGGCCCUGUUAAAGAAAAGAAGAGAUUCUGAUUCUCUACCUUGAACCUUAAUACACAGAGAGAUUGCAGAAGACUUUGUUUGAUCUGCCACUUCAACUUGUAAAAUGUAACCUUUAACUUCUUUAAUCAAUUAUAAGUAAUGCCAAUCUACUUAUUAUCCCAUUGUAGUUGUAUAUAUUAUAAAAGAGAAUUUGGUGGAGAAACAUACUAUAUGAUAAGGCUUGCCUGGUAUCAUGUAUUUGUGUGUAUGCAUUAGAUUUA